GUAUGAGAGAGAACUGGAUCUUCCACAAUUACCUGAAAUGACAUUUGCCAGCAAUUUAUUAAGACUGGAAAAUGAUAAUGCAUCUGGAAUUGAGUUCAAUGCUCUGGAUGCUUUGAAAAUGGUUGAUAGCAAAAACGAUGUCAUAAAAGUUGCAGUAGCUGACUCUUGGCAAGAAUCAAGGUUGGACAAUGCUAAAAUAAAAGAAGUGAUUAAACCAUUUGAUUGGACUUUUACUACUGAAUAUAAAGGAACUUUAUUUGGUUCUGAAAGCUCAUAUAAAGUAACUUCAACAGAAGAAAGGAUUAAUAUAGAGAAAUUAAAAAUUAAAGCGAAAAUUUUAUUUUAUGAAGAUGUUAUCCUGUUUGAAGAUGAAUUGGCUGAUAAUGGGAUUGCUCAGUUGUCUGUAAAAAUAAGAAUUAUGCCUGAUAGUUUUUUUGUACUUAUGAGGUUCUUUUUGCGUGUUGACAAUUUAUUGGCAAGAAUAAUUGAUACUCGAAUUUAUUAUGAGAAAGGUAAUUCUUACGUUCUGAGGGAACAUAUGACAAAAGAAAGCAAGCUUGAAAAUCUAAAGGUUCUUCCAGCUCUGCUUUCAAAUCCUCAAGAACUUUCAAAUCACUUACCUAUAGUGAAGACUGAAUAUGAAAAAUUAGAAUUCUUUAUAUAAAUAUGAGAAAAUAGAGCAUUCUGUAUAUAAACAUUUUCACUUAAAACGAUGUCAUGAUACUUAUAGGAAUUAAAUAGCAUUUUUUAUUUAAAAAAA